GCGAAGGAUCGAUACUUUUGGACACUGUUGUCGGGAAUUGUUUCGCGUGCUGAUAUACUUGCCUUGGCUGCUCGGGAUGCCAUCCUUUUUGCGAUAAUGGACUGCUCCAGGCUGCAUUCAAGCGGCCACCAGAAAGUGCCUCCCAAAUCUAUCCAGUUGUAGCUGUGCAGUCUAAUUUUCUGACUUGGGAUUGGGAGAAGGAGCUUUGAUACAAAAGGAGAAGCUCUCUGCAUUUGCCGUACUGCGUUUGCUCAUACACCGUUGGACAAUUCCGACAUUUACGGAAUCAGCACGAGCACCAGAAUGGGCGAGCGGGAUGCACAAAAUGAUCCAAUAAAAGCACGGCCAGAAAUCCCUAGUCGGAUAAGCAAUCAAAGGCGUCGACAGGAACUCCACCGUGAAGAAGAAGAACGCAACCUGACCGCGCCAUUCCCGGCCGACCAUAUCUGUGCAGAGCACCAGGGAGCAUAUUCCGAUCCCCGCCGGAAAUAUUCUGUUCGCACCUCAGCUGAGCGUCGGCGAAGAUGGUGACGAGCGUGGUCUGGGAAUCGAAAAUCCGUUACAGAAAUGAUUAAAAUUGUUUAAAUUUGGACUGAAAUUGUUGAACUUUUUAUAUUGAAAAUGAAAUUAAUUGGUUAUGAUUUCAACCGUAUUGUUCCCCCCUUGUAUAAAUGUUUAUUUUGCAGGCCAGCAGAAGUGGAGAACUGCAAAGCUGGGAAGUCAUCUUGGGAUUGAAAUGGUUUUCAUCUUGUCCAUGGAAAUUGAAAAGGGGAAUGAAGCGACGGACAACGAAUUGCAGUUGCCGGAAAGUCUAAUUCAGCGCAUACAGUCUUUUCUCACCGGCAAGAAGGCUGCUUCGACGAUUGUGCUGUCGAAAUCGUGGUACAAUGCGUGGUUGACUCGUCCGAAUCUUGAUUUUGAUGACCGCUACUUUCGGGGUCGGAAUCAUGAGAUGUUCUUGAAUUUCUUGAGGGUGAGUAUGGGAAGGAUGCUUACUGUUGCCAGAAAUGCGACGACUCCAAUUAUAAGAUGGAACCCCUUAGUUGAAUUUGCAAACGAACGCGUGGGAUCAGUUGUCGACGAUAGGAUCAAUGUGUCUCAGUUUAUGAAAUUGCGUUGUUUGGUUCUGGAAAGUGUGAGGCUAGAUCAGAUGGUGUUUAGUGAUUUCUUGACUAAAUUCCCUUAUUUGGAGGAUCUAAAGGUUCACUAUUGUAAUGGUUGUGUGAGAUUUGAUCUUUCAAGUCCUUCACUCGAGUACAUAAGCUUGGCAAACCACAAGAAACUGUCGAUCCAUCUUGUUGAUGUCCCCAAUAUCCGUAAUUUUAAGUUUUCAGGAUCUAUCAUACCUUCAUUGGCAUGUACCACAACAUCAAAGGAAUGGGAGUCUGAUAUAAGAUUUACAGUGUCGAACACUCUUGGUUCUGCGGGGUUUCUUGAGAUGAUGAACUUUUUGACAGAGCUAAGUCAUUCAAAAAUUUCUCUAGUUAUUGAGUUGCUGUCGAGUCACGUAGAGUUUGUGCCGGUUGUUCACGAUUUCCCUAAACCUGUUGUGGAGAAUCUGACACUGAGAGUCCAUUGUUGGACUUCAGUGCCUGACCUUUUGGAUGGUCUAAUUUGGAGUUUUCAGCCUAAGGUCGUGAACCAAGAGUUGAUUCGGAUGUUCUACAGAUGCCAGAACAUGGAAUGUGAACUCCUCCACCAAACCGUCAGCAGACCAAGCGCUCAAGCACUGCAGUUCCUAUAUGAAAAGCUUACAAACUUCGAAAGUUUUGAAUCCUGCACUCCAACUGAGAAAAUAAUCGGCUGGCAUGAGCUCAAGGAAGUGAAUAUGGAGUAUUUUGAAGAUGUUCUCAAAGAAUGGCUGCCUCUUCCAAGGAAAAGUUUAUUAACGGAGAUGGAAGUACACGUCCGAUUCCAUCUGAGAUGGGGGUAACAUAAUGAUACUGGACUUCGGCUCAUAUAAAUUUUAGCCUUGUGAGUAUAUGUUUUUGUCCUUUAAUGGCGUGCGAAUUUGAAUCUCAAGGCUUUAUUUUUGCCUCAGACUUUAGUGUGAUUCAUAGUAGAUUGAAACCUAGACUUUGUUUUCGUGAUUGUGGCU